AUGGAUGCGCAUCACAUCUUUAAGUUGUUAAGUAGAGGAGCAAAGUUUUCUAGGGAGCAUAACUUCAAAAGUAACGAUUCCAGUCGUGUCAAAGUGGAAGUCGAAAGAGUAGUAGUACCAGAUGUACCCCGCAAAAAACAAAAAGACAAUAAUACAAUAACACUAUUGGGCACAUUGAAAACUGAAACAAAGGGUAAAAAACGUAAACAUUCUAACCCCGAAAGCGACGAAAUCAAAAAGAAAAAGUUAAAACAAGAAGAAAUCAACCAUUAUCGAAAUGUGCAUCAUAUUAGUGUUGUUGGUAAACACGUCCCUGAACCAACAAGAUGUUUUGACGAUUUCCCCAUUAAACAAGUUGUAAUUGAAGAUUUGAAAAAUUGUGGAUAUGUGGAACCAACUUCUAUACAAAAGCAAGCAAUUCCAAUAAUGGUGGAGGGUAGAAAUCUGUUGGCAUGUGCUCCUACUGGGUUUGGCAAGACUGCGGCUUUCCUGGUUUCCAUAAUUCAUGAUUUGGAGGGACCAAAAAACAAAGGGUUUCGUGCUCUGAUUUUGUGUCCCACAAGAGAGUUGGCCAAACAAACACAAAGAGAAUGUGUACGUUUGUCAGAAGGAAUAGGUUUUAGGGUCCACAUAAUUAGCAAAAUAAAUAAAGCUAUGACUCAGUAUGGUCCAAGUAGUUCACAAAAAUUUGAUAUCUUGAUUACUACACCAAAUAGAUUAUGUUUUCUUUUGAACCAAGAACCUCCUGCAAUCUCUUUAGCCAAUAUUCAGUGGUUAAUAGUAGAUGAGGCUGAUAAGUUAUUUGAAACUGCAGGAAAUAGAAAUUUUAGGCAUCAGUUAGACCAAAUUCUGCUUUCUUGUACAAAUAAAGAAAAGAAAAUAGCAAUGUUUAGUGCCACAUAUACUCCAAUUGUUGCCAAGUGGUGUGUUCACAACAUGAAAGGUUUAAUUCGACUUACAGUUGGUCAAAGAAAUGCCGCUACUGAUUCAGUUGACCAAGAACUUCUGUUUGUGGGAAAUGAGCAAGGAAAAUUGUUAGCUUUUAGAAAUUUAGUGAGAAAAGGUUUAAGCCCUCCAGUCCUUGUUUUUGUACAAAGUAAAAACAGAGCGGAACAGUUAUUCAAUGAACUUAUUUAUGAUGGGAUUAAUGUAGAUGCAAUUCAUGCUGACAGAACACAGUUCCAGAGGGACAAUACUGUCAGAAGUUUUCGCGAAGGAAAAAUUUGGGUAUUAAUUUGUACAGAACUGAUGGCCCGUGGCAUUGAUUUCAAAGGUAUUAAUCUAGUGAUAAAUUAUGAUUUUCCACCAUCAGCUAUUUCAUAUGUGCACAGAGUGGGCAGAGCAGGACGUGCAGGUAGAAAAGGUAAAGCAAUUACUUUUUUUACGAUUGAAGAUACUAAUAAUUUGCGAAGUAUCGCAUAUGUUCUGAAAAAUUGUCAAAUACCUUCUUACAUUAAAAACAAACCGAGGAAGGAAAGAAGAAAAUUGGAAAAAGCGGCCCCUAAACGAGGUGAAAUUAAUCCUAGACCAAGAUAUGAAUUUGUCAACAUAAUAAAGAGAAGAAAAAAAGGUAUUGUAAAUGGUGAAGAGCAAAAAUAUUCCAAAAAUCAACCUAAUCUUGGCAAAACUGCUAAUGACAUAAUAAAAAAAGAUAAAAUGUCGCCAGCUCAACAAGGAACCGCGUACUCCGCUUCUGCCACGUACUCUUCUAUGAUUUACCUCAAUUCUAAUUAA